UGCAGCUGCUGCAGGCAGGAAGGGACGGGAUGGCUCAGCACAGAGUCUGUCAGGAGCAAGAUGACUGUGCAAGGAAAGUGACACUCUCCACGAUGAGGCUCAGAGUGCUGCCUCCUGCGCUCCUGCAGGACCCCAGAGUGGAGAGCCUGAACCUGGACCGGAACAAGCUGAAACACGUCCCUGGGAUUUCAAAGCUUGGCAACUUGAGAAAGCUGAUCUUGUCCAAGAAUGAGAUCGCGGACUUCCCCGAGGAAAUCCAGAGCCUGGUCCACCUGGAGAAGUUGGAACUGAAUCAGAACCAAAUCCGGGUCAUCCCGGAGGGGAUCUUCUCCUAUCUUCCCAGGCUCAAACACUUGCGGCUGAACAACAACCGCCUCAGUGCUCUGCCCAAGGACUUGGCCACCUGCAGCAGCAGCCUCCAGUACCUCAACAUGUCCAACAACUUGUUCCGAGCUGUCCCCCAAUCUGUCCUGGAGCUGGUGAGUUUACAGGAGCUCUAUGUGCAGAAUAACGCACUGCGCCAGCUCCCCAGGGAGCUGUUUGAAGGGAGGCCGCUGAAGAUGUUCAAGGCACAUGGGAACCCGCUGCGGGAGCCUCCCAGCGAAGUCUGCGCUGGGGGCAUCCAGCAGAUCCUGAGCUACUUCAGCCAGCUGCAGAACUGCCAGGUGGAGGAAGACAGGAGGGUGAAGACCAUGUUCCUGGGGGCCUCACUGGCAGGAAAAUCCACUAUCUGUAAGAGCCUGAAGCAGAGGCAAGUGGUUCUGGUGUCUGAGGAGGAGCGGACAGUUGGGAUUGAGAUCAGCGAAUUCCACAUCCAGGAUUUCACAUUUCUCUUCUGGGACUUUGCUGGGCAGCUGGAGUACUACGUGACCCACCAUGUGUUCAUCACCCCACAGGCCCUCGUCAUCCUGGUCAUUAACUUCCAGAAGUACCAGCUCAAUAAUGACAUCUUCCGGGAGCUGGUUGGCUUCUGGAUCAAUAACCUCUUCAUGCGAGUCCCAAACUCUGUGGUCCUGCCCGUGGGAACCCACACAGACUGCUGCACUGAGGAGGAAGUGGAAGAAAAGAAGCGGGACAUCAUGAGCAAGAUCCAGGCCAUGCUGGAGGAAAGGAGGGCAAACCUCACCCACUUCAUCAACAACCUGGAAAGCAGUGAGGAGUCUGAAUUCUACGUGGAUCAGUGGGACAGACUGAAGGAGAUGGAGAGCUGCACCUUGACUAUUUUAAACCUUGUUCCCAUCAAUUGCACUGAUUACUGGGAUAUUAAAAAACUUGAAACUACUAUUUUGGAGCAUGUCAAGAAUGAAGAAAUAUUUCCUAAUGUUAUCAGAGUGCUGCCCCCUGUCUAUAAGGAAGUGGAAGCUGCAAUUGUAGAUAUUGUGCAGAGUGAGGAGACAGCAGAAUAUGGUAUGAUGGACCUCAACCAUUUACUCAGUGAAAUCACCCACCGAGAGCACCUGAGCCAUCUGGGCACAGAGCUUUUCCAGGACAUCCUGAGAUACCUCCACCGCAUUGGGCUGAUUAUAUGGUAUGAAGAAAUCAAGCAGCUGGAAAGCACAGUCUUUCUCCGGCCCGCCUUUCUGAUAACCAUGUUCAAGAUUCUUGUUAGAUAUCACCUGGUGCAGCAGCUGGAGAGCAUCUCCGUGGACCUGCUGGUGGGAGAACAUGCUACCAUCCGAGACCAGUCCAACUGGGUGUGGACGUUCAAGUCGAAGGCCAUGCUGUGCCAGCGGGCCAUGCGAGCCUUGGUCAAGCACCAGCUCUACUCAGAAGGGAUGAGGGACAUCUUUGAGGAGAUGGUGGGGCACAAGGCCAAGAAGGGGAAGCUGUUCAGCCUUCUGGAGCACUUUGAGAUCUGCCUGGAGGUGAGGAAUACCAAGGACCUCAACCCAGGGGCCAGGGAGUUUGUGCCAGGGAAGCGGUGGGAAACAACGCAGGACUGCGGCGAGGCCUAUUACUUGUUUCCCACGUAUCUCAACCAGAGCGAGGAGGUUUCUGAGAGGUGGGGAGGAGAUCAUCCAGAGGAUCUCCACAUCCGGGCUUACUUCUCACCUGAGAUCCCAGAGGGCUUCUUCCAAAGGCUCAUGGUGAAAGCUUGCUCCUUCUAUUCGGCCCACUGGGUUGCGAAAGUCACGUGCCUGCUUAUAUGCAGUGGCAAACCCUUGCUGAUCAAAGAGAACAACCAGAAGGGCUAUAGUUAUAUUGAACUCCGGAGCAGAAAGCCAGUGCAAAGGAGAGAAUUCCGGCUCACAUGGGAUUUUUUCAUGGCGAUCAUCUUCAUCAUCCGGAAGCUCUCAGAGGAGUGGCCUGGUCUCCACAUGUGCAUGAAGGCGCCUUGUCGAACGGCAGGAUGUCCUGCAGAAUUUUUCUGGCCAGAUGUGGAUGACAAGAACACGGUGAUGAAGGAAGAAAUUAAAACUUGUGGAACAUGUGGCCAUCGGUUUCAAACUGAGCUGCUUUUACCCAAAGUUCCAAGUGACGUGGAGGUUCCGCAGCCCCCGCCCCCUGCUCACUAUUAUGUCACUAGCUACGGGACUACAACUUUCGGCCCCAGCAGCAUCCACAUCAAUCGCCAGGUAACUCGGUGGCAGCUUUGCUCCUUGUGUUCUGUUCUUGGCUUUUGGCUUCUAUUCUUUUCCUGUUGUGGGGAGCUGGGCUUGCGCUAACAUGGCCCACGCCAGCUCCUAUUAUGGUCAAUGAGAAGAAUGGCCCAGUGGUUUAAAGCACUGACCUGGUAUUUGGAAGACCAAGUUCAAUUCCCUGCUGUGCUCUGGAUUCCUGGUGACUUUGGACAAGUCACUUAGCCUCUCUGUGCCUCAGGUCCCCUUCUGUAAUAUGGAAAUAAUAUCCCAUCCCUACUUCCCAGGUGGGGUAAUGAUCUGUUGACUGAUACUCUCAGAUACAAUGAUGAUGAGGCCAUAGGGAUAGAUAGAUGGAAUUUUUCCAUUGAUUUUAAUGGGAAUUAGAGCAGGUCCUAGAACAAUGAGGGAGCUAGUCAGAACAUACCCACUCUAGAACACUGGUCAGAUAGGCUUCAUAGAGCCAUCUGUUUGAAGCCCAGAACAGAGCAAUGUGAUCUAGCCAGACCGGCUGCAUAACACAAUCCAGGGAUCCUCACCCUGUGAUUCCAAUGUCAAUCAUCCUGUCUCAGCAUUCGUCCUUCUUUGUUAAGGAAUACAGCUACCUUGAAGGAUGCCUCUCUGUCGCUGCCCCUCUUCCUUAUCAGUCUUUCUGCGUCUAUCAGUGUUAUUCCUAAAUGAAUUGAGACGCUAUAUGUUUAGGCUGAGAUUUUUAAAACAGAUGGGGAUUUGGGGCAUCUAAAUCCCCAGUGGACUUUGAAAGCCCCGUCCUUGAUGUAUAUAAAAAGCAAUUGGGUGAUGGCAUGUUAGAGUCUAAAUCCAUAGAAGUCAAUUCCUUUAAAUGUGUAAUCGGUGUGUAAUUGUGGUACUAAGCACUAUUUAGAUCAUAGCACCAUUGGCAUAUAUGGGGUGACAGGGAAAUUAUGCCCCAAGGUGUUUAUACUCUAAGGCCUCGGUUUUCCAAGGCGUUACCUCCCCAUGGAGAUUCCCAUGGAAUUGUCACACAAUGAGCCUGUGAAGGGCCUGAGUUAAUGGGGAUUACGUAAGGAGCAAAGAGAAAUGGAAGUUAAACACUGUAACAGCAUCGCUUUGCCGAUGGCCUUGUGGAUGGUCGAGCUCCCAGCCUGCCCUUGGUAAAAGCAUUGUGCGGUGGCAGCCCUUGGUCAUUGUUCCAGGGCAGCCAAUAAUUUUUCCCAGUUCCCAGCCUGUGUAGUUGGGCUGGGCACUAGGAAAACUUGGUUGUGGGCAAGGGGGAGAAUGAAGGAAGCGGCUUUUCCUCCCCAAGCCCUCGGUGUGAUUUGGAACCCAAUGUCUAGAGGCUACUUCAGCCCAGGUGGCAGCAAUCCCACCACUGCAGGGAGCCCCUGCAGAGCUUGGCUGCCUCACGUGGGGUGUGUACCCCUUAUGUACUUCUCCCCUCUUGCCCCGUGGAACUGCACUGGUUGCAUUACCAACCAAGGGGAACCCUGCUGUCUUGGGAGCUGGAUGCACCUGUGAACAUCCUUAGCUGCGCAUGCACUCACUAAAGGCACUUUUCCAAGUCUUCUCACUAUGGCUGUUGAAUUGGUCAGUGAAGAGAAGCAGGUCUUGCUUCAGGCUUUGGAGACCCCCAGUACAACAUGUGGUGCACAGUCUGGCACAUGGAAGCAGCAACCCCCCCUGGAUUUUUCACUUGGAAGAUGGAAAUGUGCUGUGAACAGCACCAUAGAGCCAGGCUGAGGUUUGGUUUAUUUGAUUUUACUCAAAUUCUGUUUUCCCCUGUUACUGAACGAGGCAGCGCUCCAGGGACUGGCACUGUGUACCUCUUGCAUGCCCGAGGGAAGCUCUGGGGCUGGUAGUCUGACAACUUGAUGUUUUUUUCUAUUCAAGUGGGGUUCGGAACUGAAACUCCAGAGCCAAAUACUCCCAAACUUUGGGCUGCUUAAACUUCAAGUUUCUUUGCUUUCUAGCAACAGAAGCUGCAACCCUGCAGUUACUCACUGUCUUUCUUAUUUCAGAGUAUCUUGGACAAAUGACUGGGCCUGCCCAAGAGAGAUCCAUUGGGAAGGACUUCCUUUUAGCCAAGACUCUUAGCGUGUUGAGCGCCACGUUAAGCAAUCUCUUAAGUGCUCUGUACAGCAGGAUGCAUUUCACUGUUUGCAGUGUGUGUACUGGCGGUGUUGUGCAAUAAACAAUCUCCACCCAGUG